AUAGUGUGCUGAUUUAACGGUGCUGUCAUUAAGUUCCCGGUAUCCGUAGAUGAAAGGAAGCUAAAAUCAGGAUUUUCACCCCCGAGACUCGCUUUUGUCAAAAGCCCAUGAGCUUCUCUGACGCGUCACGCAUCAGCUGCGCGCGGCCAAUGAGCAGCGAGCGCACGCGCUUGAAAAUCGUUUACAUCUGCUUCUCUCCGCAGAAUCAAAACAAAGAUCAGCAGCUCACAGGCACUUCUCAUGUGCGCCAGUCUUCAUUAACUUGUAAAGAGAAAGUGAGCACAUUGAAGGACAUGUAUUCAUCCUUGACUGAUGAUUAUGUUCAUCAUGAAAGUCAGAUGAAGAGUGAAAAUGAGAAGCUCAAGAGAGAACUAGAGCAACACAAACUCAAAGAAAGAGAGUGGAAACAAAAACUCAAGGAAGUGGAGGACGGAUUAAGACUGGAGACAGAUCUGAGGAGAAGAGAGAAGGAACUGGAGUCCAAAGAGAGAGGAACGACAAAGAAAGAGCAGGACAUCCUGUUUUGUGGAGAAAAUCAUGUGCUACAUCUAACUUCUUCUGUGUUGUCUGAAGAAAAGCAGAGAUCUCUAGAUGAAAGAAAAGGAGACUGGAAGAGCAAAGAUGAAGAAGAUUCACAUGACCGUGAAUUACCUGAGUUUGGAAAACCUGUGAGACGCAACAGCAGCCAAUUUGAGAUCCCUAAUAUGACUGAAAGUGAAGAUGAACACCUAAACACACUCCGAAAUCACAGACGUCAACAUCAUUUUACUCAACUUCAUCAAUAUUCAGUAGACAACUCAAAAUGUGGUUAAAGGUCAAAUAUCCAAUCCAUUUACAGUACAUGUGUGAAACACCUCACAGACUUCAAAAACAUGGAGACACAACACACAACAGUUUCAAGUUACUAUGGAUUCUGGGCAGCUGAGCAAAAAGUGAUGUUAGAAAAGGAAAACAUGCUUAAAAAAAUAACUUAUAAAUGAAUAAAAAUGC